AUGGACUUUCCUUGUAUAGAUAAACUAAACACUCGUACAGCUGAAUUAGAUAAUGGCCCAGAACCAAGUUAUGAUAAAAUAGUGACAGGCUACGAAAAGUUUGAGUAUCCUCAUCCAUUCUUACUCGAUCACGGUGGCAUCCUUCCCAAUUUCGAGAUUGCCUAUGAAACAUGGGGUCAACUGAAUGAAAAGAGAGAUAAUGCAAUUUUGAUUCACACCGGUCUGUCUGCCUCCUCACACGCAAAGUCGCAUCCAAAGAACACAAGCCCUGGCUGGUGGGAAAACUUUAUAGGCCCUGGCUCAUAUGUUGAUACCAACAAAUUCUUUGUUAUCUGUACCAACGUUAUCGGUGGCUGUUAUGGCUCAACAGGCCCAAGCGCGAUCGAUCCUGCAGAUGGUGAGCGUUAUGCUACUCGCUUUCCUAUUAUUACCAUAUUUGACAUGGUCAGAGCUCAAUUUAAGUUGCUGGAUCAUUUAGGUAUAGACAAACUACAUGCAAGUGUAGGAAGUAGUAUGGGUGGCAUGCAGUCUAUUGCAGCUGCAAAAUUAUUUCCAGACAGAGUGAAUCGUCUCGUUUCCAUUUCAGCCUGCGCUCGUUCUCAUCCUUACUCCAUUGCCCUUCGUCAUACGCAAAGACAGGUAUUGAUGGCAGAUCCAAACUGGAAUAAGGGUUUCUACUAUAAAGGUAUUCCGCCUCAUGUUGGCAUGAAGCUUGCACGCGAAAUUGCCACUAUUAGUUACCGAUCUGGCCCUGAAUGGGAACUUCGCUUUGGUCGUAAAAGAGCGAAUGAGCAUCAGACACCAGCGCUAUGUCCUGACUUCUUGAUUGAAACCUAUCUUGAUCAUCAAGGAGAAAAGUUUUGUUUGCAAUAUGACCCCAAUUCGCUCCUUUAUAUCUCAAAAGCCAUGGAUAUUUUUGACAUGUCUCAGUCACAGUUUAAAAAGCUACAAGAUCAACGAAGAGGGAAUACCCCCAAGUUUGAACAGGUGCUGCAGAGAUCCAGUGGAGGUGACAGCCGCCAGCUGGCCGAGGCAUGUCGUUCAGUGGUAGGAAGUGAGUACACUGCGCUGGAAGGUCAAAAGAGGGAGGCGGUAGACCCCCAUCCCGAUCCGAUCAGGACAGACCUGGUAGAAGGAAUGAAGGAUAUCCAUAUGCCAGCUUUAGUCUUGGGUGUGCAAUCGGACAUCCUAUUCCCCGUAUGGCAGCAGAAAGAGAUUGCAGAGUGCCUUCGUGAAGGCGGAAACAAGCAUGUGACUUAUUAUGAAUUGGAUGCAAUGUAUGGCCAUGACACAUUCUUAAUUGACCGUGUUAGUGUAGGCGGCGCUAUCAAGGGUCAUUUAGAGUUACUUGACAGGGAUCUUGUAUAA